AUAAACAAAAACAGCGCCAUCUAACGAUAAUCAUCAAAACUUAAAGAACUGUCAAGUGUGACAUUUCUCCUGUCAUAAUGAAUACUUUCAAAAUAUAGAUUUCGAUUGCUUUAUUGAAGAGUAAAAAUAUCUCCUGUAUAUAAUCAAAAUUGCGCACGCAACGAACUUCACUCGGUCGAGACAACAAAAAGACCUGUUAUGUGUUCGCUCGUGUUUUUAUCGUUAAAAUACUUCCAAUGACCUGGUCGUUCUCGUUAAAAUUGUUUAGGUGACAGAGGUUGGCACACAAACAGUCCUUUGUUCAGUAGUUCGCAUAAUGCAGGAGUGGUUUUUUCUCGAAGACCCAAACAACGAUUUGAUAAGACACGCUAAACAUACCUUGAGCGAAAUGGGAGAAAGUGAGGAAGAAUCAGAGGAAUCUAUAAAGUAUAGACCAUGGUUAUUUCGGAUAUGUGUGCCUCCACUACAACCAGAUGAAGUUGUUUGUGUCAUUGGAAGUACUCCAGAACUUGGAAGUUGGGAACCAGAGAAGUGUAAACCACUAGUAAAAGGUCGUAAUGACGUUUGGUCAAUUAAAUUAAAAGUCCCCAUUAACCAAAGGGUAUUUUACCGUUAUUGUAUUUGCAUUAUUAUUGAGCCGGAAGUAAAAGUUUUAAUAAGAUCUUGGGAAACUAAUAUAAAUCCUCGCAUAAUUAAACCCGAAUGCCCAAGCCCAAAACCAACAACACCAUGCCAGACUUAUGGUAAUUACGAUGAAGAAAUCCAUAUAGAUAAAGGCUGGUUAACAGAAGGAACAAUAACUAUGUUACAAUUAACUAAGAAUCCAUUUAAAUUGUUUAGACCUCGUUUUCAAGAUCGUACAAUUUAUGUUAAAAUCACACCUGUAAGUUUAGUAAAACACUAUCCAAAAAAAGUUAUGGAUUGUCAAGAAGAAUCAUUAAGUGUUGAUCAUAUGGAAGAUAAGCCAAAGUUUAGUUAUGUGGAAGUUGCUGAAUUAACAUCUGAUUCAGACUAUGAAUUUGUACCUCAAGGUCAAUUUGGACAUAAAUAUGUAUCAGGAGACUUUUUAACAUUUAAAAUAUUCCUUGUAAAUCGUGAAACCACCGCAUUUUUAAUUGAUUUUUACAUAUACAGUUCAAAAGCGAUUGAUGAUGAACCACCUUAUCAUGCAGGAUUCACUUAUUUAUUACCUGGGGCUGUAGAACACACGAAAGGUAGUGUUGUUUUGCCUUUAACUAGCAUGAAACAAAGACCAUUGGGCGAAUUGAGAUUAAAUUAUCUUGUUAUCAAACCCUUGGAGAAUUUUAAUUGUAACAUGGAAGUUAGUUAUCAAAGAUAUUGGAAUAAAGAUCGAACUGGGUUGAAUAUUGGACAUAGAGGGUCUGGAAAUAGUUUUAAAACUGAAAACUGCGCUGAUAUUAGAGAGAAUACCAUCGCCAGUUUAAAAACUGCGAUCAAUGUUGGGGCGGAUUUCGUUGAGUUUGAUGUUCAAUUAACAAAAGAUUUGGUACCCAUUAUUUACCACGAUUUUUAUGUGUGUAUCGCGACGCAUAAGAAAAAAAAUCUUGAGGAUACCGAUAUGUUUGAACUUCCAUUGAGGGAUUUAACUUCAGAACAAUUAACAAUGUUAAAGAUUUACCAUUUAGUUGAGGGAAAAUCAAAAUUAAGCCGAUUCGCUGAUGAUGAUUUAGAAGAUCACCAACCCUUCCCCACCCUUCAAUCCGCCUUGGAAAUUCUUGACACCAAAUCGGGUUUUAAUAUAGAAAUUAAAUGCCCUAAUAAACUGUUGGAUGGUGGCGAAGAAUUACGUGAAACGCAAGAUCUUAAUAUCUUCGUCGAUACGAUUUUGGAGGUGGUUCUUCAGUACGCAGGCGUAAGAGAGAUUGUUUUUUCGAGUUUCAAUCCAGAUGUGGUAUCGAUGGUUCGUUUAAAACAAAAUAAGUACCCUGUUAUGUUCCUUACACAAGGAGAUACGAAAAGAUAUCCGCCAUACGAUGACCAACGAUGUUGGAACAUGACAAAUGCGGUGCAUUUCUCGAAAAUGCAUGAAAUUUUGGGUGUGAGUGCUCAUACUGAGGAUAUUUUAAGAGAUGCCUCUUUGGCUCAAUAUGGAUUAGAUAAAGGAAUAAUUAUGUUUUGUUGGGGUGAUGAUUUAGAUGAUGUAAAUACAAUAACUUAUGUAAAAGAUCUUGGUCUUCAUGGAAUUAUUUACGAUAAGAUCUGCCAAUAUUUGGAUAGAGAAGAUAAAGAUAAUAUUUAUUUGUUGGAAGGUCGUGAAUCACAGAAAGAAUUAAUUCGUAUAGCGGCUACUGCUCCACCUGAAGAACCUGAACCAGAUUAUCCUUUCAAGAAAACCAAGCUGGAUUAUGAGCGUGAUAAUGUUUCCACAGCUACCUCAUUAGAAAGUUUAGAAAGCGAAAUGGAUCGAGUGGCUAAAGUAAAAGGUCGUCAGUGUGUAUAAAUAUUCUAUUGUAUUAGUGAUGUCUUAAUAAAUUAAUUUUUGUAUUUUUUUUAAUUUAAGGAAAUUCAAUAGUAAUUCCAUCAAGUUUUUUUAAAAAAAAUUUAGGUGAACUGUGUCCAUAAAAAUAGUACGCAAGAUUAUUAUACUAAAAAAAAUGUAUUCCUUUGUAAAAUCAUCUUGUGUACAAAAACAAAAAUAUUUUUCGUAGUUUAUCUAGUGUUGAAUUUUUAUUUUAUUUGGGUUGGGUUGUAUGUAAAAAAAUUAAAAUAAAAAAAAAUAUGUGUUCUAUUUUUAGAAAUAAAAUCUACCUAGGUGAUAUUUUAUAGGAUACUCUAAUUUUCUGAGAUAUUAAAUUUGUAAGCAGGAAAGAGAUUUAUGCAUUUUAUAGAAAAAUAUUAUAUCUUAUGAUUUACUGAGGCUUGUGUUUCAAAAAAUAUUUGAAAUUAAUUUUUUUGGUAUAGAUAAUAAAAAAUUCUAAUUGGUGA